GAGGGGCUGUUAGCUUUAGGCUAAGCUAACCGCAGACAGCAAGGCGAAGUUGGCGGUGAUAGAAAAAAUAUUAAUAUUGAUAAUUUUGUUUAUUGUGUUGGUAAACGCUGUAGUGCAAACAACGAAUCUGCUAGUAAUGGUAAACACGGCAUGGCAGAAAGACAGGACAAUGAGGUGGAGGAGGCAGACCAGGUGUACCUGCUGAUGAAAGAAGACUAUCACAUAUCACGAAAUGUGCGCCUGUCCUGGUUCCUCAGCAGGCUAAAUCAGGUCAUCCGGCCCUCUCCGAAGUUCGAGGUGCUUAAAUCAGAGAAUGAGCUGGACGUUUUGAGUAUUCUCCCAAAAGGAUGGCAGCCCGAUUCUCCUCCGACCUCCAUGCCGUACCUGCUGGUGCCGUCCACACGGGUCACCUUCCUGGCCCGGCGAUACCGCUUCAUCAUCGAGCUGGACCUCAGCCCCUCCACCGGGAUUGUGGAUGACAGUACAGGAGAGAUGAUAUUUGAUGAAGUCUUCCAUGCCCUGUCCCGAUGCCUGGCUGGACUGGCUGCUCCAUUUAAAGUACCAGGCACGGACUUCCUGUUUCAGCCAGAAAUCUUCAUCACCAUCCUUGCUUACUCCUCCAUUGUUGGUCUCAGCUCACAUCAGGUGUUAGUGCAGGGGAGCCAGCUGGACUGCACAGAUCUGGACCAGUUUCUGCAUCGGAUCUACCAGCAGCUCCGGGCAGUAGAGAACAACAUCGCUGAGGUUCUACAGCAGCAGCAUAAACAGGGCGAUGGCUCUUCCCCCUCCCUCCCCAUUGACACUGUGGAGGAGCAGCCACAGAGGAAGCAGGGUGUUUCCAUGGUAACAGCAGAUGUGGGACUGGUCAGUAUGGUCCGACAAGGUAUACUGGCCCUUCAGCUCCUCCCCCCAAACUCCACCGCAGGUAUAGUAAUAAUCACAGAUGGAGUGACAAGUGUGCCAGAUGUGGCUGUGUGUGAGGCUCUGCUGAACCAGCUGAGAAGUGGAACAAUCGCCUGCUCCUUCGUGCAGGUGGGCGGGGCUUACACUUACGACUGCAGUUUCGGGUACAUCCCCAACGUGGAGCUGAUGAAGUUUAUCUCCAUGGCGACCUUUGGCUCCUACCUGUCCACAUGCCCAGAGCCGGCCCAGGUGGGCCAGGAAAUGAAUACUUACCACCGGGCCUUCCUCACAUACUCUUUCCUCCGCACCAGCGAGUCAAUCAAUCCAGACUAUUACUGUUUCUCUCAGCACAAGCUGUUUAAUGAGCACUUGGUGUCAGCCAGUGGAAACCCUGCGCUGGUGUUGCGACGGAAAAAACACACAGAGAAGGAAGUUCAUGCUGAGCUGGUCAGUGUGUUGUCUGUCAGACUGAGGGAGGGAUAUGCCAUCCGUGAGAUAAACUUCACUAAGGGAGGCACUCAGCUGGAGGUGAAGCUGGUGUUGCUAUGGAAACACAACAUGCGUAUAGAGUAUGUUGCAGUGGCUUGCUGGCCGCUCCUGCCAGCUAAGCGCACCACGUGGGUGGAGGUGACAAUGGAGGGAAGUUACGAUAUCCUGCACGACAUCAGCUGCACCCUGCGCAAACCCAUAACAAGCCCCUACCGCACCUCCGUAAUCCGGCGCUUCUGGAACACCCUGCAGGGUAUUAAUCAGACAGACCAAAUGCUGGUGCAUCUGCAGUCCUUUAAUUCCAUCCCGGAGCACUACACCAUUCCUGAGAGCACAAAAAAUGGCGUACCACUGUUCUACAUCCCACCUGGAUCCACCACACCUGUCCUUUCCUUACAGCACAGUGGCUCAAAAGACUCCAGCCAGUCACAGUUUGCCUCCUACUGGAAGCCCAUCCUAUCCAUGGAUGCAAAUUUCUGGCAGCGUUGGUUACAUAUGCACCGAAUCACCAUCAUCCUGGAGCACGACAUCCCCGUUCCAAAACAUGUGCACAAUGCAGGCAAUAAUGGCAGGUUCAGCACCGUUCAGUGCAGAAUAGCCCAUUCUACACUGACCUCCCUGCUGCGGGACUGGAGCAGCUUUGUGCUAGUGGAGGGAUACUCCUAUGUCAAACUCAUUUACAGUGCUGCUGACCAGACGCCUAUCUCUUUCUAUUUGGUGCGUCUCAUCUCCAAAGCCCCCUGCAUGGUGCUACGUUUGGGCUUCCCUAUAGGAACGAUGGCCCACACUAGGAACAAGAUUGUGGAUGAUCUACGAGAGCAGAUUCUCAGGCUGCGUUUCCCUCACCGCGUCCAGAAUAAAGAAGCCACGCCAAAGACCAAGCGGAAGGUGCUGGGUAAUGCCUCUCCCUCCAAAUCCCCUCCUCUCCCAGCACCAAAACCUGCACUGUCUGACCGGCCAUGUGUGGUCAUCUUCAGCAAGCCUCUGGAGAAAUUGCUGAUCAGGUAUGAGAAGCUGCCGACAGAUUUCCGUACGCCCUUCAUCUUAAACAUGGAGCCGUUUGCUCAACCACCUAGCAUGGCUGCUCCCCUCAGCGUGGCGGCCAGCCGAACCGCUUCCUCUACACUGGCCUCAUUGUCCCGCUACUUCCUACACCAGCGCUGGGUGUGGACGGUGCAGAGCGGGCCAGGGACUGCUGUGUCUCUGCAAGCCGUUGCCCAUAUCCUCUCCAUGCUCUCUGAGAUUCGUCUGUCUGAGGGGUUCCACUUUGCUGCCAGUGGUGAGGGAAUCGUCAACAUGGUGAUAGAACUGCCAAUGGCUGUCAAAACACCUAAGGGGAUUCCAGCAGUCCUGGACACAGACCAUCACACCUGCAUUGUCCAGUACAUUCUCUUCCCACCCCACGCCACCUCCACCAAGGACAGUUUUUCCACAGAUGAUGAUAAUGACACCGAGGUGGAGGCCAUAGAUGUGGACACAGAGCUGAACCUGGUAACUGAGUGCUGGGUGGAGCCACAGAGCGGAACCGUCUGGAGUCCUUCUGAUCAGCACAGACACUUCAGGAACCUCACAUACCAGGAAAUCCCUCAGGCCAUUUUUCCUCGUGAUCUGUCAUGCAUGUCCACUAUGAUGACAUUUGAGUACCUCAUCCAGCUGUGUCUGAACAAAGAUCAGGUGCACCCUCUCAUUGGCGGCAAAGACUUGACAGGUGAGGCCCCAGCUGCUGCUCCUGCUGACGGAAUACACACGGUGCCUUUUCAGUUUGACCUAAUGAAGCUCCUGCCUAAGUGUCAGCAGAUAGAGCUAUUCUUCUUCACCUUCAGCAAAGCAGAGAAUGAAGACCCACUCCAGAGCGCCCCCUCUCUACCAAAUGAGCUGCUACUCAGCCUGUUCCACAGCUCCCUACAGAAUGAGCUGAGCGACCGGGAAAUACCAUUGGCUGAUGGAGAUCAUGUGACCUUCAUGCAUCAUAUUCUGGAGAGAGAGAGAGAUGGGCACAUGGCUCCUUUCUCUUUACCUGUAAUUAAAGAGGAGUGUCUGAAACCACCUGAGAGGCAGGAUACGGUGUUGUCUUUCCACACCAUAGGGAGCAGUAAGGAAGUGACUGGCUCUACCAGCACUCUGCAGAGUUUCAGCAAUGCAGAUCUUGUGGAUGAAGAGCCUGUGGUGGUUGCUGGAGAAAGCUCGUCUCCUCUGUGGAAAUGCUAUACUAAAUUCAUCAGCCCUCAGCAAGUCCUGCUUGUCUUCCUCCCAGCCACCUUCACUGAUGUGCAGAUUUUAAUGUCCUUUGGUUUGGGAAUCAUACCCCAAGUCAAUGGUGCCGGUGAUGAAGAGGAGGAGACACUCAGUCCUGGAAACAACCAGUCACAGAGUGACUCAAUCAGCAGCUCAGCCAAUGGUCCUGAAGAGGCAGAGUCCAUGGUGGAAGCUGGUGAUAGUCAGUUACUGCUAAAUCCUGAAGCCCAAACAGCAAGGCAUGAAGAGGAUGAGGAGAAACAGCCUUCAGAGCAAUCUAAUGGAAAUGCAGCCUUGGCUAUAGAGGAGAAGGAUGGAGUGCAGUUUGCUGAGCCCCAAAAGCAGGACUGCCACAUCAGCUUUGGGAGGCAGCUAUCCCAGCAGAGUGCUGGAGAUGCAGCCCGGCCGCGUUGUCCCGUCUACAUCUACAACUGCUCUCUAGACUCCCUCAAAGAUCAGCUUGUCCACCCACACUCCAGCCGUCAACCAAGAGAUGUCUUCCUCAGACCUCAAGAUGCAGAGUCGUGGGAGCUCAGUCAGCAGCUGAAGUUCAGGUCUCUCUCUCAGGAGCGCAGUAGCGCCUCCUCAUGGACAGAUUUGACAGCUCACCCUCACAAGCAAAAGGAGUUGGCCAAUUAUUGCAGCCUGCUGCAGGAACACUACUAUCAGAGUUAUGUCAGAGGUGUGUACCGCAGUCUCCAACAGUCAUACAAUGUCAGCUCUCAGGACGUUCUGACAGCCAUGGAUUACUGUGAGGAGUCUCUGCAGGAAAUCGACAUCACUUCCUUCUUGCAGACACUUUGUGGACACAUUCGCACAUUCCGCGAGCGCCAUGAACCCCGCGGUCAAGAAAACGCCAGGAAGACUCCUGGCUUGGCAGCCACCUUCAUCAUCGGUGGUGGCGAAGAUGAUGGAGCUGACAGAGCUACAAUAGCCACCUCAUCCAGUGUUGAUCAGGAGGAAAUAAGUGAGGUGGAGUCUAAAGGAAAUGUCUCUACACCCACGUCCCCCCUGGCUUCGGAUGAACCCAAGUCGCACAGAAUCCCAGAAUUCCCUCUGUCUCUCCUGCACUCUCAGCAGAAGUGUGAGGUAUACCCUAACCUGCAUAAAAUCAUACAGGACAAGUUCAUGGAUAUCGGUGCUCAGUAUUUCAAAGCUGUUCCUUCCAACUCACACUAUUUCUUCUACUGCCCCCAGUCUUCCAAGAAAGAGGUGGAAUCAGAUGGAGAGGGAGAGAGAAGGCCCAGUGAGGACUGUGACGUAUCUGAGGCCGAACUGGCUACAGAGGAUGAGAAUGUGUCUGGCUGCUGUAUCGUAUCAGAGAGCGACACAGAUUUGGAAGUUGAGUAUCAAGAACAAGGGAACGAAAAAGCAGAGGAACGUGGAGGAGUGGAGGAGGGGACAGAGGACGAGUCUCUCUCGGACUCAAACACAGUGAAUCAGGACGAGGACUCUUUCAGCAUCCUAGAGGGAGACUCCCUGCUGGAGCCGUCUGGACCUCAGCCUGAAAUGCCCCCUCUGUUUGUCCACCUUGUUUGCUCAGUCAAUGUUAAGAGCAGCCAUGGCUCCAUGCCCAUGAGGACGCUGCCCACAUGUCUGGGUGAGUUGAUCAGCUGUCUGGAGAAUGCAGAAUCUCUUCAGUCUGUGGAUCUAAAUGAGCUGUCGGUCACUUUGGACAUCUUUGUUUUGACAUUACCUCUAGAAAUAGAGGUUAUGCCCCAUGACCCUCACCAUACCAGGUAUGCCUCUGAGAGCAGUGUGUCUAUGAACCGUUCUCCAGGCCUGCCAUCUUCCUACCGCUCUGAUGAGGAACUCAUGGAGAAUCUGGAUGGCCUGCGUGGGUUUGGUAUGGAUGGAAUAACAGGAGAUCCUCUUUCCAAACUGCCAGCGCCUCAGAAACAGGCUGUUUUAGCUACCAUGGAUGAGAUCCGUUGGUUGUUGGAGGAUGAAAUCGUUUCUGCUUUGAGACACUCAAGUGUAUUGAGUUCCUCCACUCUGCUGAAAGUUUCGGAUCAUGUGUGCCGCUCCAGUGGACGACCCAGCUGCCACCAUGAAGUCGUCCCACUGCAGUUUGUCUUCGGCCCUGAACAGUCCCUGGAGAAGUUCAAAGAGGAGUUUAGGAGGUUGUCAUUUCCGGGUUAUCUGCUUAAUGCGGAGAAACAAGAUUUCCACUACAUCUCUCUGAGCCGCCAGCACUCUCACAGAAUACAGGCUGCCCGACGUUCUAAUCAGAACCUGGCCUGUUCUCAGGGGGUGGGACCCAUCUCUCAGCCAACCAAUCACUCCCCUGAGGCUGAAAUUAGUGCCAAGCAAAUAACCAGUCAUUCCCCACCUUCCAAAGGGCCGGUUGGUGAUGUUGAACCUGAGAAAAAUCAGCUAGACUUGGAGCAGGUUGAAGAACGUCAGCCUGGUGAAGCAAGUCAGCAGCAGGAGGAGCAGAAGGAGCAGGAUGAGUAUACUGAAGCAGAGGUGAGGCCUCUGGCAGCUGACUCUGUGAGUGACUCUGAGCGCACAGACACUGGCAGGGUCAGACCAGCCGAUGCAGAAGAGCCCAGAUCUCAGAGCACAAAUCAACAGCUUUGCAGCAGCAAUGACCGAGCGUCUGACCAUACAACCCCACCCAAAACGCCCUCUGCAGUCAGCCUAGCUGAAUCUGUACAGUCUGCAACAUGCAGCAGUGGAAAGCUCAGGCCCAGUCGAGUUCAGAGCGUGGUCUCCAGCCAAGGCAGCCUGGACUCAGACAUGUUGGGUUAUGAUGGAGGCAGCAGUGAUUCAGAGUGUGAUGGUCCCACCAUGAAUGAGCAGGAGGUCCAGACUCCUUUGAUGCCAGAUUUCUGGCUCAUCAUCCAAAUCCACCAGGACAGGGUGGAGGUGUUUUCCCACUCCAGGAGUUUUAAUGAGGCGAAAGAGGAAAGGGUGAGAGAAGAGGAUGAAGAGGAAAUCCCAGAGUACCUAUAUCUUCAUCAAGAAGUUGUGAGGAAGAUUGGUGAAAUAUGCAGAAUAGUCAAUCAGCGCCUCCUGCUGCAGGAUCUGCAUGACAGUCAUGUGUGUAACACUCUCCUAGUGGCUGAAAGUGAGGAGGACAUUUGGAAAAAUGAAUCUCUCUACAGGCAGAGAAUGGCCAACUCAGAUGACUAUAAUGCAGAUGAAAGCUAUCAACCAAGAGAUUAUUUGGCUGCCACUAUGCACUUCAUGCCUGGCCACUUUGCCUGUGAUGUGGUGUGGAGCACCAUCAUACACAUUCACCCACGCUUAAAGAUGGGGCCUAACAUGGGGGUGGCUCGAGCUAUCCAGGCCCUGCGUUCUGUGCUGAGUGCCUUCAGCGUGGUCAACCGCAAGAACAUGUUUGUGUACCAGGAGCGCACAACCAAAUCCGUUUUCUACCUCAGGCUCUCAGAGACCUCUCAGACGGGGAAGUACAGUGAUUUGGACGGUAACCUCCAUGUUUCGCGCUCUGUGGGAUUGGCUCGCAGCCAGGAGCCGCUGGGCACUGAAGACCUUACGGGUUCGCGCACAUCUAUGGAGGGCUCAAGGCCAGUUGGACAGGUCGACAAGCACAUUCUGCUGUUAGUUCAUGGAGUGGGGCGUGCAGGCCCUGAGAUCACAGAUGAGUUGGUUAAGGUUCUUAGGAAGCGGCUGGACGAGGCUACACUUGACAUCAUCACUGUGAUGCUGGUCAGGAACUGCAAGCUGACCCCUGCAGAUGUGGAGUUUAUUCAGCCCCCUGGUUCUGCAGCUACAGAAGUGAUGGAGUUCUCUUUGCCGCAGUACAGCCUGCCGUGGAUCCGGGCCUUGGCCCACUAUCUGCGCCAGAAUCUUCUCAUUUUCCUCCACAUCCCUAAAUACACAGACAGUAACAUGGAGCACCACUUCAAGCACUACUCCCAUUUGAACAGUGAUCUGCCUGACUCUGAUAUCUACCUCUACAAUAAGCCUGGGGGCCAAGGGACAGGAGGCAAAGGUACAAUGUCGGAGCUCGUUCAGAACCUCUUCCCUCCCUCACAGUUCCAAGGUAUUGCGUGCAUUGCCCUGUCGUUUGUGGACGCUCAGGGUUGUCCACUGCAGGUCUCUGCUCAGGAUGUUAAUAAUGCUCCAAAAGGGGAUUCCUCCAGCAUUUCCCUCCAGCCAGACCAAUUUGAAGCCCUGACAACUGUGGUUAAAAUAGAUUCGCCUGGCCAGAGCACAGGUGCGGUGUCUGUGAGGUUUGAUAUUUGGGAGCAGGGGAACAUUAGCCCCCUGCAGCUGAUGGACAAACUGCGAGGGGCAUUGCGGCAUGCACUCUGUGACGUCGUAAUGGAGAUGAAAGUUCUGCCAAACCCACUGUGUUUAGAGACCUUCUGUAUGCCCAGAACUGCCCAGAGAGACGAGGCUAACGUUGCUCUGAGUCUUCCACAGCCAGAGGUGAAAGAGGUAAAGGAAAGCCCUCGAAGACCAGUCAGCGCUCACAGUGUUAAAACUGGCCCCUCCCCCAUCACACUUAUUCCAGCCCCCAGCUCCACCCCUGCCACUGGAUCAAACACACCGGAGUCCACCACGCCCACGGGCAAAACCAUCCGCCGCAGCUUCUGGGAAAUCCUGAGUAAGCCAGACUCAUCAGAGCUGGGCAGUCCGAAGACUACAGACGACAUUGUACAGGAGAAAGCGGAGGACAGCCGGCUGGCCCGGAGGAGACACAAAACAGAGAGUGUAAAACAGCAGUGGAGCCACGAGAGAGUAGCAGCAGUAGAACUGGAGCAGAGGCCGCUAUACAAACGCCAUGUGGCUCAGUUAGAGGAAGGUGAUACUGGCACUCUGCACCCAAUCUAUCAAUCCACCUUCCAGCCCUGGGUGAUUUUCAUGGCCAAACUGGGCUGUCCAUCCAUCCAACACUGUACAGCUGAAAUCUCUUCACUCUUCCUCUUACCCUCUAUUGUAACGGAGGUCAUGCAUUUGGUCACCUCUUUGGCCCCGGACACCACAGUGAAGAUUUUUGAGAGGAUCAGCUGUCCUCAAGGAGACAUUUUUGCUCCUCUGUCGCACGUCCAGCACAUCAGUCAGCCACCAGCCACCUUCAGGAGCUUCAUCAUGAUUGGCCGAAACUUCCAGCAGUGGCACUACAGUGCUGAACAAGAAGAGCGUUCAGAUGAGGAAAGCCCCCCUGUGCUUUGUUUUAAAUUUACACCUCAUAAAGGGCUUCAGAGGUUUGAGGCGUUGGAGCACAGUGAUUGGCUGAGCCCCGGUCAGUCCUGGAGAGGUGUGGCCCCGCGCCAGAGGUUUCUGCACAUGCAUAUAGUGGAUAAAAAGUUGACUUUGUACACCUAUAACUGGUCAGUGGAUCUGGGGGCGUCUCUAAAUCGUGACCUGGUGCGGCUGGUGCAGUGGCAGAAUGCUCGAGCCCACGUAGUGCACUGCCUACUGAGUCAGAAAAUGGGCCUGUUUCACCAUUACUGCUUCACAGAUACACCCGCACAAGAGGAUCUCAAACAGGAGCCUAACCCAUUCCUGAACUCCUCUAUGGAGGCUGAAGCUCUGUUGCGUGUAUCUGUGCCCCCUGUGCCCAGUAAGGACCCCACUCGAUUGGGCAGUGCCCGUGCGCUGCCCCCGUUGCCCUUCCCUGCUGACCUCAUGCCCUUUGAUGAGGCUCUGAGGGACGUGAGUGCAGGACGCCUGCUGGCCAAUCAGGAAGGAGCGGACAUUGUAGGCCGACAUGGAGCUCAGCUUCUGGAGGUCAAAGCUGCAGAGCGCCGAGAGUUGGAGAAACAGAUGAAGAUUGAGAACCUGUUUGUGACGUGGCAGCAGAGAUCAGCCCAGUCCAACAUGCCUAUCUCUGUGGCUGAUCUGGACACUCUGAAGCAGUCAUCUCGGCUGGUUCAUUACUGCGCCACUCCAUUGCUCUUCGACCCCGUCUUCAGGAAGCAGAUCCAAGAGGAGCUGAUUGUUCAGCCACUAGCAAAGAAGCGUCAUCGCUCCAGUGACUCUGCUGCCUCAGUCAGAGAGCGCAGUUUGAGCACAGACUCGGCAGACAUGCGGCUAAAAGAGGAGCCGUGGCUGCAGGAGCUCUCUCACACCUUCCUGCAGCAAUACGUCCAGUACCUGCAGAGCCUGGGCUUCAUACUGGUGCAGAUCAGACCACAGUCCCCCGCACGCAGUAUUGCUCGUGCUCGGGCUGCCAUGCUGAACUCUCUCUCCACAGAGGGAAGAGCCUCUUUCUCUUCUUUUUCCUACAACAAGCAGAAGAGCGAAGAAAGCCCAAAGCAAAGCAGUGGAUCAGGCACUUCAGCUUACCACCUCCAGAGGGCACUACCAGGAGGAAUUAUGCUGAUGGAACUGGCCUUUCAGGGGUUUUACUUCUGUGUGAAGCAGUAUGCAUUGGAGUGCUCACGGAUUCCCAUGGGCCAAACGGUUAAUUCCCAGGACCCUCUCCUCUCGCGGCCUCGCAGUAAGCCGUAUCCCCCUGAGGCCUCCUCAGACUCCGCGCUCUCGAUGCUGUUCACGGAAGAGUGUGAUAAAGUGCGGGACCUGAUGCACGUGCACUCCUUCAGCUAUGACUUUCACCUGCGUGUCGUGCACCAGUACCUACUGGGCUGUCAUAUGACCCUGCGGCAGGGCUACCAGCUCACCAGCUUCCUGGAGGACUUCAUUUCCCAUCAUCCUGACAUCCCCAAGUUUGGCCGCAACCACGUCUUCCAGGGGAGUUUCUCUAUUUCAACUGGAAUGAUAACUGCUCACCAACUGUAUAAUUACAUCACUGAUCAUGCCGGUACGUACGGCAUGAAGCCUCUCCGCAUGUCAAAGGCUGCAGUGACCACUGACAACAAGAAGGGGGCGCCCAGCACAGACCUGCAUGAGUAUGCGUUAGUGGCACUGUGGAACAGCUCUGGUACAUAUAAGGACCUGGAGGGACUGCGUCACCAUGAUGACUUUGACGUGUCUCUGCUGGUGUGUCACAAUGCAGCUCCGUUUGAGGAGCAGUCUGAGGGGGAGAGACACCUGCUGAGGCUACAUUACUACGUGAUUAUGACCAGCCAAAGAGAGUUGUUCCCCCGGCUGACAGCAGACAUGCGGCGCUUCAAGAAGCUCCCACAGAUUUACCGUGACCCCUCUGACCCCUAUCGUGACCUCAGUGGGCGUGUCCCUCUGGAGCGGGCAGAGCAAGGCAGCACUGGAGGCCAGGAGCCUGAAACUGAUCUAUGGGAGGAAACGACCAAUUCGACGCCAACACCCAUGACUAGCCCAGAGCCUCAAGCUGUGGAGGCCAACCUGCUUGGAGCUCAGGCUGGACUAGCAGAAGGCUUGGACUCCUCAGGCCUUUUCUACUCAUCCCCUUUGUUCCCCCUAUUGAACUCUGAGGUAAAUUCAGCAUGCAGGCAGAUUCAGAGCAGUGUGGAGCAGGCCAUGGGCCACUGUCGCCGGGACAAUCUAUGGAGGCGGCUCUUCCAUGGUGAGCAUCUCGACAAGCUCAAACUUAGCAAGCUGACCUUCGCUGAACUGGAGGAGCUGCUGAAUGCUGUGCAGAGCCGAUCUGUUGGAGAGAUUGACCCUCAGCUGGAUUGUUUCCUGACCAUGAGCCCUGCUUGGUAUCAGAGUCUGAUCAAAGUGCUGCUUUCACGCUUCCAUCAAAGCUGCAGGCACUUUGUGGACGACAGCGGCAUUCAGUACCUGGCUGUCCUUAACCAGAAGUUCACAGACUGCUUUGUGCUGGUCUUCCUGGAUGCCCAGGCGGGGAAAACGAGCCUCAAGGUUGUUUUCAGGGAGCCGUUGCCAUCACAACCGCAGCCUAGCAACAGCCCUCCGCCCCAGCUGGUCUCCAUGUACCAUCACUUGGAGUCUGUGAUCAACACAGCCUGCUACAACCUCUGGACAGGUCUGCUAUAACGACCCCACAGAUGGAGUGGGAAAAGACACAAAAUCUUUGAAAACCACCUGAAAUUUGUCUCUGUGUGUAUGUGGCAAAAGUGUAUAUACUAUAAUACGAAGAAGAAAUCUAAGCUGCAAACUGACAACAUUUGGGAUAAUGUCUUGUAGCAGUACGUUUUAUGGUACAAACUGUAAAGCCCAACACAUGUCAACUAUGUGACAACAAUAUUGGCAUUUGGCUUAAAAUGUUCCAGACAACAAAUUAAAAAGCCAAAUAAACCAGUGCAUAGAAAAUGUUCUAUAGACUCUCAACAAUCACACAAAGGUACAGCACAUCAAACCUAAUGCUUGGCUUUGCUAGUAUUUGCUGGAAAAAGUGGGGUCAGUGUAUUUUGGGUUUAAGUGGCCUGUUUGACCUCCAAAUGGAUCCAGUGUGGCCGGACUGAGAGGAAAACUACCUCACGGUGAAGCAACUCGAACCGAACGAUGCUUAUGUGUGAAGUGCUUAUUGCAAUGGCCUAAGCAUUUUACCACUUACAAAAACUGGCCCCUUAUAAGGCUGUAUUUUACAUGACUGAGAUGGUCUCUAGUCAGCAAUACAGGCUAAUGACACCUUGCUGGUUUGCCAAAGCCAUACUCUAUUCAGCUUAUAUUUGUGUUCUUCAGGCUGUUUGUUUCCCGUUCAGUUGAAUGAAAACCUCUAGGGCUGCACAACAUGGACGAAAUUCAUUAUUGUGAUUUUAUUGCUAUUACAAAGUUGUGAUGUAUUAGAAUUAGACACAUUAGUGAACGCUGUAUGUGAUUAGCUUGCAUUGUUUUGACCAAAAUUAUAUUACAGUCACCUGAAUGAAACAUUUAGUGCUUGGUUGGAGGGCUCAGUUGCACACUGUAGCCCUUUGUGAUAUAAUUACUGCAAAGGGUCAGUAUCGCGAUAACAAUUAACCAACAAUAUAUUGUGCAGCCCUAAUGCUAAUUGUUCUAAGGUUGAAUUUGAUGAAGUUAACCCUGCAUCACUGAAAUAAGUGAGUGCAACGGUGAUUUCUGAUCAGGAAUGUGUGACAGAGCGAGGGUGAGACAGAGACUUUGACUUGACGUUGUCAUUUAUUCAAUGAAUCAUUCAGGUCCGCUGUAUGCUACGCACACAUUGGAAAGAAAAAAUGACUCAGCCCCUCAGUGAGUGCGGUGGCGUGUUAGGCUUGAAGCAAAUGACUGCUGUACAUUACUGUGGGUGUCCAUGAUACUAGUUAUUAGCAUUGCUGGCUAUUUGCGUUCUCUUUCACCCUGUUGGUAUUUUACAAUUUCCCCUACUGCCAUGCCAUCUUCACCCCAAAAGUGCCUACAUUUCUUUUCUUUGCCUUAUUUCCUAAAGAUGCGGACAGAUGAAUGAAUGUUGUAUCAACAGAGGAGAAUCUUUGAAAAUCGAGAAAAAAACCGUUGCAAUUUAAUCAUCAUUAUGUAAUUGGGAAAAAACAAAAAAUACUUCAUCUCAGUUUACGGAUUGAGCAGCAGGAAAAUGUCUACUACUGGCGCACACUUCACAGGAGCACUACGAUGUCUCUGCAUCACCUUGGGGCUCAUAGGCAGCCUAUCACUGAAGGAAACCAAUUAUUAUUGGUUGAUUUUGAGCUUUUCUUCAAAACUCUACUGCUGAAUGAGGCAGGGUGUUUUUUGUUUUUGUUUGAAAAGGAGGACACUGGACACGUAUGCUUAAUAAUGCAAGAAGCUAAUCAUUUGCAACUGAUGUGUGUAUUUAGGCAAUAUUAUAAUUAGAGUGGUUUAAAUGUCUGAGACUUGUACAUUAUGUAUAUACUGAACCGUUUGUAAGUAUAAAAUGUAACAAUAAACCAUAAGUUAAUAACCAA